GAUAUAGUGAAUGCAGGGUCCGGGGAGACCGGAUAUACUGAAUGCAGGGUCCGGUGAGACCGGAUAUAGUGAAUGCAGGGUCCGGGGAGAGCGGAUAUAGUGAAUGCAGGGUCCGGGGAGAGCGGAUAUAGUGAAUGCAGGGUCCGGGAGAGCGGAUAUAGUGAAUGCAGGGUCCGGGGAGACCGGAUAUACUGAAUGCAGGGUCCGGGAGAGCGGAUAUAGUGAAUGCGGGGUCUGGGGAGAGAGGAUAUAGUGAAUGCAGGGUCCGGGGAGAGCGGAUAUAGUGAAUGCAGGGUCCGGGG